AUGGAUGCUAAUUACGUUGAAAUGUUUCCUGAAUUCGGCAUUGAAUCAAUACGUGUAUUUUGUGCAAUUGCCUACUUUAUGGGCACUUUCAAUUAUUAUUCAGAUCAUGUUCAUUUUGUUGCACUCAUUGUAGGAACGGUUCUCGGAGUUAUACAUUUAACAAUUCUCACGAGAAAAUGUAUGAGAGCACUGAGCAUCAAUGUGUUUCUAAUUGGAAUUGCCGCUGCUGAAAUUUUCCGGGCAAUUUGUAUUCUUAUAAUUUUCAUUCCAUUCUUCGAUUUACGUUAUUUGAGCGACGAAGUUUCAGAUUGUUCUGAUCCCAACUCGACUGUGGCGGUGUUAUCAUACAAUAUCUCGGCAUCCUUCAUGAGACUCGCAGAAAAAGUAUCAGUUUGGUUUGCUGUUGCUAUAGCUGUUAUUCGAACUCUCGUGAUGAGAUACCCAGUAAAUGGGAGAAUCAACUGUUUGACUCAAGCGAAAUAUGGCUUCAGAAUCGUUGUAUUAAUCACCCUAUUAAUUAUUCCAUUUGGAGCGCCUAGCUAUUUCAAGUUAAACUCCACAUCAGUUAGAGGAUGGACGCCAUUCACAAAUUGUGUAACAUUUUCGGAAAAUUCGACCAAAAUCAAGUUCGAUUCUCACUCCACUGAAUUGUUCGGAAGCACAGACGUAUACAAAAUAGCUCUUCUUAUUGAAGGAAUUUUCUUAGAAUUCACGCCAUCAAUUAUAUUACCGAUUACAACUAUAAGUUUGAUCAUGGAUUUGAGAAAAGCACGGAAAAACUCACUUUCUACAAAAAGCUCGGCAAGUAGCAGUGAUGCUGUAAGAUCUAUAAAACUAGUCGCUUUUGUGACAAUCACAUUUUUAUUUACAACUACACCACUUGGCUUUAUGUAUAUUGUUGGGAUUUUUAUAGUCAAGAUGCCUGGCGUGAUUAUGAUAGUUACAAAGUUUGCAAGGGUGUUAACGUUUCUGACAACACUCAGCGGCAUCGCACACAUUUUGAUAUGCUAUUUAAUGUCAACGCAAUAUCGGAGUACUGCACACGAAAUGUUUGGUAAAAAAGAAAAGAUUUUUAAAUCAACAUCAUUUGUACAUCCAAUUUGA